ACUUCCGCCCCGCCGUGGCCGAAACUGACACAAAGUAGCGGGCCGAGGCCCCGGGGGAGCGGGGCCGCAGCUGGGGGGGGCGGGAGCCCGCGGGGAGCCGAGCCGAGCGCCCCCCGCCCCAGCCCCCGGCAUGGGCAGGACGGGGCCGCCGGGGCGGGCGCCGAGCGCUGAGCGCUGAGGGUCUCCCAUGGGAUUGCUGGGACCUUGCUGGGUGAGAUGGCACUGUGUGCAAAAAAGCGCCCCCCAGAAGAAGAAAGGAGGGCGCGGGCUAAUGACCGAGAAUACAAUGAGAAAUUCCAGUAUGCGAGUAACUGCAUCAAGACCUCCAAAUACAAUAUUCUCACCUUCCUGCCUGUCAACCUCUUUGAGCAGUUCCAGGAAGUUGCCAAUACGUACUUCCUGUUCCUCCUCAUUCUGCAGUUGAUCCCACAGAUCUCUUCCCUGUCCUGGUUCACCACCAUUGUGCCUUUGGUUCUCGUCCUCACCAUCACAGCUGUUAAAGAUGCCACUGAUGACUAUUUCCGCCACAAGAGUGAUAACCAGGUGAAUAACCGCCAGUCUCAGGUGCUGAUCAAUGGAAUCCUCCAGCAGGAGCAGUGGAUGAAUGUCUGUGUUGGUGAUAUUAUCAAGCUAGAAAAUAACCAGUUCGUGGCGGCGGAUCUCCUCCUCCUUUCCAGCAGUGAGCCCCACGGGCUGUGUUACAUAGAGACAGCAGAACUGGAUGGCGAGACCAACAUGAAAGUACGUCAGGCGAUUCCAGUCACUUCAGAAUUGGGAGACAUCAGUAAGCUUGCCAAGUUUGAUGGUGAAGUGAUCUGUGAACCUCCCAACAACAAACUGGACAAAUUCAGCGGAACCCUCUACUGGAAGGAAAACAAGUUCCCCCUGAGCAACCAGAACAUGCUGCUGCGGGGCUGUGUGCUGCGAAACACCGAGUGGUGCUUCGGGCUGGUCAUCUUUGCAGGUCCCGACACUAAGCUGAUGCAAAACAGCGGCAGAACGAAGUUCAAAAGAACGAGUAUUGAUCGCCUAAUGAACACCCUGGUGCUCUGGAUUUUUGGAUUCCUGGUUUGCAUGGGGGUGAUCCUGGCCAUUGGCAAUGCCAUCUGGGAGCACGAGGUGGGGACGCGCUUCCAGGUCUACCUGCCCUGGGAUGAGGCAGUGGACAGUGCCUUUUUCUCUGGCUUCCUCUCCUUCUGGUCCUACAUCAUCAUCCUCAACACCGUUGUGCCCAUUUCACUCUAUGUCAGGUAUGUGCCCUCUCUGCCCCGGGGUCUCUCCAGGGAGCCCAGGUGGUCCCAUAGCACUUUUCUUUUCUAUGAAAAUGAAGUCCUUGAGAAGUAACUUGAAGUCCUCUUCUUCCUGUACCGUCAACGUUUGAUGUUACCUGUUUAUCUUUGUGUGCAGAACAAACUUUUUACCACAGUUUCCUGGUACUUGGGACUGUAUUAGUGGAAAAAGAAAACAAAACUGAUGUAUUCAGCACCUGUUUAUUACAUGCCUACUGUGUGCAAAGAAGUGUGCUAGGUGCCAUCACACUUACAAAGAUGAAUUCGGAA